UGACGCGCGAAGGGCUGGUGUAAGUGCCGCAGCCGAAUCAACCUCGCCUCUCUCGCGCUGCGUCGUACGGGCUUCAACAGCAACAACAAAAGGACUGCGAGGCGCUAUCCGUGGACAUACACCGCGCACUACACCCGUCAGGAUGACAGAAAACGCCAAAACCCACGUUAUUCUGCUGUCGUGUGGCAGUUUCAACCCCAUCACCAAAGGACACAUCCAUAUGUUUGAGAAAGCCAGAGAAUACCUUCACAAAACGGGCCGCUUCAUCGUGAUUGGAGGGAUCAUCUCGCCUGUGCAUGACUCUUACGGCAAACCUGGCCUGGUGCCCAGUAAACAUCGGCUGACCAUGUGCCAGCUUGCUGUGCAGUCUUCUGAUUGGAUCAGAGUGGACCCCUGGGAGUGCUACCAGCAGACCUGGCAGACCACCUGCAGUGUCCUGGAACACCACCGCGACCUCAUGAAGCGAGUCACUGGGUGCAUCCUGUCCAACGUAAACACACCCUCCUCCACUCCUGUGAUUGGUCAGCCGCAGAACCAGGCCCCACCGGUCUACCAGAACCACAACAACUUGGCCAACAAACCCACCGCAGUCAAGCUGCUGGGGAAGGUGAGUGAGAGCCUGGGGAAGAUGUGCUGCGCCCGACCCAGCAUGGACCGCUUCACCUUCAUAGAUGAGAACGCCAACCUGGGACCCGCCAUGAGGUAUGAAGAAAUUGAGUUACGCAUCCUGCUCCUCUGUGGAAGUGAUCUUCUGGAGUCCUUCUGCAUCCCUGGUCUGUGGAAGGACAGUGAUAUGGAGGUGAUCGUCGGGGACUUUGGCAUCGUGGUGGUCCCUCGUGAUGGAGCCGACACGGAGCGAAUCAUGAACCACUCUUCUGUGCUCCGCAAGCACACGGAAAACAUCCUCAUGGUGAAGGAUGACGUGAACCACCCCAUGUCCAUUGUCAGCUCCACCAAGAGCCGGCUGGCCCUGCAGCACGGAGAUGGCCAUGUGGUGGACUACCUGAACCAGCCCGUCAUCGACUACAUCCUGCAGACCCAGCUCUACAUCACCGCCUCAGGAUAGGCACACCGCCUCACUCCGCCCACGUUAUCCUAAACCCCCUCUUAUCUCCCAACUGCCAACCCUUAUUAACCCCACCCACAUACUGCUUGACCCUGCCCACCAAACCCCACCCACUCUCAACGUCAUCUCCUAACCCCGCCCCUUCCAGCACCACCCCUUCCAACAGUCCGGCCGUUACGUUUGUGUCAAACAUCCUACCAUGUUUGUUGUGCUGCACCACCAACCCCAAAGGCAACUAAGAAGCAUUUAACUGGAACUUCAAACGCUACAGCAAAACUGCAACCAAUACUUACAGAACUAUACUUGUCAGAACUACAACUACUCCAAGCAGUCACACUAGAACUACACACCACCAGGAACAGUUGCACCAGAACUACAUCCUAACACAAGCAUUUACAUCAGAAUUACACCCAUUAGAACUACUACUCCCUCAAGUAUUUACACCAAAACGACACCAGGACCACAUGGGCUUCAGCCUGGUACCUUCUGUUUCAAUGGUAUAAUCAAAAAGGCCAAGAUUAACCGUCAAUAAUGGCUGACUUUGGUCCUCAAUACUGUAUACUGGCAUACUAGUUUAGCUAGUGUUUAACGCUAACAACCAUUAAAUACAGUUAGUAGUUUAUAAAAGGUUAAAUAGUUGCUUUGCCUUCACCAAUGUUUGACUGUCGGCACACGAGAUUGUGCUUGAUUGCAGUCCUGGCACAUCGAUGUUAGGGAAGCUAAUGCUAUGUAACUGCUGUAGCUCUUGUGUGCAGAGUGACAUGUGGUUGCCACUAUCUUUAAGUAAAUGCUUUUCUGGUUAUUAUUCCUGUUGCUCUCACCCAGAUACAUCCUCACCCCAACCGUAACCAAAACUUUCUGCCACCCCACACCAAUACUUAACCAUAUCUAACUUUGUAGCUAACCAUACCCAUCCGUAAGCUAAUGCCAUGCCAUCUCUAAUGCAUUAUGGGAUAAACACAGAAAAAAAAAUGAUAGUUGCAGCCAAUGUCUUUCCUUCCUUUCUGUGUCAUGUGAUGUACCAUAUGACCUAUGCCUGGACAGGGAGGUCACCCGGAGAACAGGGGUAUUGUUUGAUUUUGUUUGAGGAUGUCGAUGUUUUCUGUUAAAUUGACCUCUGACCUCUUUAGCACUCCUCCUAGACUGCAUGCCUAGAUGGUUUGAUUUUUGGCAUGAAUGUUUACUUACUCCGUAGAAUAUUAUCUGUUGUGCAAGUGUUUAAAUAUACUUCAAAAACUAUAUAUAUAUAUAUAUAAAUAUAUAUAUAUAUACAUAUAAUAUAGUGGGAACCUCAUCCUACUCUUUUUGUUUUAACUUUAUAAAUGGAUGUAAACAUUAUUUUCUUUCUUUUCUAAUCUCUGUGGAACAUAAAGUUUAUUAUGGUUUUGUUGAAAGUCAGGUGGCUCUCAAAUAGAAGAAAUGUUUCUACGUUGAUCAGAGAUUUCUGGCAAUGUGAUUGAAGCCAUGUGAGGCUUGAACAACACAAUGUUCAGACAAAAUGGGGCCUGUAACGGCUCGUUGCUUUCUGAAUGUAGACGAGAAGGAGCCUCAAUUUUUUUUCUCCACAUUAGUUUCAGUGCGACCAAUUUCUGAAAAGUCGUAAUGGGGGGAUUCUUCAAAAUGAAUGGCACAUCCUUUUUAUGUGUGUAUACGUUGGAAUGUUUGUUGUGUGAGUUUGUGUGUGCGAAUGUGUGUGUAUGUCAAUGGGGUUGUGUUAGUUUUAGAGAGGUAUGCGUGUGUGUGUGAAUAAGAGUUAUGUAGCCUCACAGGUAGAGAUUGUAUAGUCUGAUGCCCUAAACACUGUAAGGAAAUCCAUGUUAAAUCUUAACAACGAAACAUCCCAUAAUAAAACUAUUUAAAACCCUGA